GACAAAAACAUUAAAUGCCUCAAGACCAAGAACAAGAGAGCAACAACUUUUGCAAGUGUUUGAGGCAGUUAUCAACACGUUGGAAGGAAAAUUGCAGCGAAUUGAUACGUUGGAUCAAACUGUCGAGAAUUUGAUGCAUCGCGUUCAAGCAUUGGAUAACAAAGUUGGCGACAAUAUCGACAAAACGAUAAAUAUAAUCGAUAAAUUAAAGCAAUUAGACGUAAAGUUAACGGAAAACCAAAUUUUACAAAGCAUAUCGAGUCGGGGAGCUCGCGUAACGCCCCCAUCGACGUCAAAUAGUGCAUCAAUGCCGAUCUACAAUUUGGAUAGUAGAUUGGUGUCGCUUGAUCAAAAGGUCACGGAUAUCGAUAGCAAGCUGAGCGGCUUGAAAAAUCAAAUUGACAACAAUUUUUUGACGGGCGGCGACGACAUAAAUGCCGAAGCGAGUGAACGCAAACCGGUUAGCAUGAAUGUUGCGGAAAUUACACGCAGCAUCAACUCCGAAAUGGUGACGCAAUUUACGAAAGAGUUGGAUGUGCUCAAAUCCGCGACAAAUAAUAUCGACAAGAAGCUCCAAUUCCAUAUCAAUUUAGUCUCAGAGAACUUAGGCAAAGCUUUACGUCUCGUCAAUGAGGUUCACGAUGCUGUCGUCGAUCCAAACCAUCUCAAUACGCAAAAUCAAUCAACGACAACGACUCGUCCCGUCGUGCGUGUGAGCAAAAUUGACACUUUGGCACAACAAAUGCGCCCAAUAAUGUCCGUUUCCGACAAAAUGGAUGAAGUAUGGAACGUCGUUGUAGGCACAAAGAGCUCCGUUGACCAUCUUGUACCAAAAUCCGAUGAGCUUCUUACCCAAACACAACGUCAAGAACGCGCCAUUGGUCAAAUCCAUCAAGAUUUACGCACAAAAACGAACCAAAUAAUCGAAAAUUUGGAUUCUGUCGAACGUCGAUUGAAGAAACAAGAAGAUGAUGUCGCUGUUUUAGCUCAACGUCCCGUGCCGGCUGAACUGCUUCUUGAUCCAACCAUCGAUCGAUUAGUUGAAUACGAUAAUACGAGAUAUUCCAAUGAUGACUUUACCGAAUCCAUCGUUCAAACAACAACGUAUCCUUCGCCAACGUAUGUGCCACAGCAACAAGUAAUAAAUGCGACAGCAUCAAUUCCAACAUCGACGCAAACUUCGAACACGAUUGAAGGAUCGUCAGCUUCGUCGAAUAAGAAUUCGAAGAAAGGAAGUAUUAUUUUCCCGAGUGUCAAAAAUAAGCCUUCCGUCAUCAAUAGUACGUUUGCCACAGAUGCUACUGCGUUUAAGGAUAUCAAAGGAUACUCAUGUGUCGACUUACUGAACGCAGGAAUGCGCAAUUCGGGAGUAUAUUACUUGCAAAUUCGCGGAACAACUUAUUGGUUCCUCAAAGUUUACUGCGAACAAGAAAUUGCUGAUGGAGGAUGGACUGUCAUUCAACGCCGUGACGAUUUCGGAGAGCCUCGUGAAAACUUCAAUCGUGAUUGGGCUGACUACAAAAACGGUUUCGGAGAUCCUGCGAAGGAAUUCUGGCUUGGAAAUGAAAACAUUUACAUGUUAACAAACAACGAAGAUUACUCUUUGAGGUUGGAAUUGGAAGAUUUCGAAGGAAACAAGAGGUACGCUCAAUAUUCGCACUUUAAAAUCCAUUCGGAGGCGGAUUAUUACAAACUUGAGAUUGACGGAUACGAAGGAAAUGCGGGAGAUUCGUUGAAUGAUCCGUGGUAUGGAUCGAAUAACAGUCCGUUUUCGACAUACAACAGAGAUAACGAUCGAAGUUCGCUUAAUUGUGCAAGCAUGUUGAAGGGCGGUUGGUGGUGGAAAUCAUGCGGAAGAGGCCUCAAUGGGCUUUAUUUGCAUGAUCCACAAGACUUGACAGCUCGUCAAGGCAUUGUGUGGUUCCGUUGGCGCGGAUGGGAUUACACACUGAAACGAGCAACGAUGAUGAUCAAACCGAAAGGGCUGCAAUCGACAAUGUUUACAUGAAAAUAAUACUUAAAAAAAAUUUUUUCUUUAUUAUUUUGAAUGUGUAUGAUAGAGAGAGAGAUAGCAAAAAAAAUAUAGAUUGAAUUUCAGUCCGCAACGACCCUUUCUCGCUCCCCGCCUUUGAAAGCUGUGUGCAACAAGUAUUAUAUUUUAUUUUAUAUUUUUAACUAAUAUUCUUUGUAUAAAUAUUAAUUAAUUAAAAAGCGCGCGCGUUGAAUUGAACUCCAA